UUUCUUUAGUUCCCGAUCCGCGGUGCACGCGGUUCUUAUAUUUAUAAACAACGAAAAACAUGUUGGCGAAUAUCAGUGAGAAAAGCUAUGCGGCGGAAGCGCGAUACACGAACUUCUACGCCGGCGGCGACAUUACCUGGAGCGCGGAUGGCCAGCACUUUUACUGCCUAAAUGGAGCCGUCGUCAACCAGGUGGAUGUGCAGACCUCCCAGAUCCUGCAGAGCUUCGGGGCGACUCCCUCUUCGGCGGAGAACAAAAAGCCUGCGGAGUUAGAGAACAUAGAUGUGGAAGAGGACACAAUCACUUGCUUCGGGCUGUCCCAGGAGCACCUGGUCACUGCCCAUCGAAGUGGCCUGCUGAGGCUGUGGCAGCUGACCACCGGCAAGUUGGUAAAGCUGUGGAAGGCCCAGCACAAGGGACCCGUCAUCCGGGUUGAGUUCAGUCCCUGCGGCAGGCUCAUCUGCACCAGCGGUGGAGCGGACGCCACUUUGAGACUGUGGGACUACUCGAACAACAGCUGCCUGGGCGCAUUAAAGGAUUUUCCAGGUCCCGCUUGGCUACUCGUUUUCCAUCCCAAUGUGCUGCGCAAGGAGAUCUUCGCUGGGGGAUCGGACAACACCGUCUAUGCCUGGAACUACGAGACUAAGACCCUUUUGCACAAGUUGCGGGGUCACCUCUCGCAGGUGACGGGUCUGAGCUUUAAGAGCAAGGCGUCUGACUGCAAUGAGGUUGUGACUGUGAGCCGGGACAAGGUCCUGAUCGUGUGGCAACUGCAGGAACAGUUGGAGAGCAAGCAGCUGAAAGUUCUUCCCUUGUAUGAGGAACUGGAAGGAGUCGUUUACGCGGACAAGGGAAGCCAGAUAAUAGUGGCCAGUGGUGCGGGCAAGCUGCAACAAGUGGAUGUUAAGUCCUGGAAGAUCAAGGACCUUCUCUCCCAGUCCGACUUUCAGAUCAGUAGACUGCUGCACUGCAACGAGCUAAAGCAGUUGGCACUGGUCACUACGGAGCAGAAUAUACUAGUCUACGACGCCGAAAGCCUGGAACCCGUCAAGCACUUGGUGGGCUACAACGACGAGAUCCUGGACAUGUGCUUCAUGGGCGACAACGAUCGCUACCUGGCCGUUGCCACCAACAGCAAGCACUUCAAGCUGUACGACACCGAGCACGAUAUGAACUGCAAGCUGAUCGUUGGCCACUCGGAUACGGUGAUGUCCCUGGCUGCCUCCCAGAAUCUGCUAAUUUCGGUGGGCAAGGACUGCAGCGUUCGUCUGUGGAAGCUUCAACACGAUAAAGACUGCUCGCUGGAGGCUCUGACACAGCAGUCCAACUGCCACACGUCCACCAUUGGAUGCGUGGCUAUGACGCACAACGGAGCUACCGGCUUCGCAUCCGUGAGCCAGGAUGGCAGCAUGAAGGUGUGGCAGUUGGCCAGGGCCAAGGAAGAUCGCAACUCGUACUCCUUCAAUCUGCGCUAUGCAGCGCUUUCCCACGACAAGGAGGUAAACUGUGUGGCCUAUGCCCCGAACAACAAACUCCUGGCCACCGCUUCGCAGGAUAAGACGGCCAAGAUCUGGCUGGCGGAUUCCAACUCACUGCAGGGCGUGCUUAGGGGUCACACGCGUGGAGUGUGGAGUGUGCGCUUUUCGCCGGUGGACCAGAUCGUCCUCACCUCCUCCUCGGACUGCACUUUGCGCCUUUGGUCCAUCAGCAAUUUUGCCUGCAUUAAACGCUUCGACCAGGAAUGCACCAUACUGAGAGCCGAGUUCCUGGAUCACGGAAAGUUUAUUCUGUCUGCCGCGUCGGAUGGCCUUCUUAAGCUUUGGAAUAUAAAGACCAACACAUGCAUACAAUCCCUGGACGAGCACAACGACCGCGUUUGGGCUUUGGCCGUUUCCGGCAGAAGCAAUCGGUUCUUCUACACCGGAGGAGCCGACUCCAAGCUGAUUCGCUUCGGCGAUGUCACCCAGGCCACGCGCAACGAGGCAUUGGAUCAACGGCAGGCCACCUUGGAGCAGGAGCAGACGCUCCACUCGCUUCUGCACGCCCAGAAACAGCUGCACAAGGCCUUCGUUUUGGCCUUAAACCUGAACAAGCCAAAAGCCAGCUUCGACAUUAUCAACCACUUUGUCCGCAAGCGAGAUGAGCCUGGUCUCCGCCAGCUGGUAGACCAGUUAAACGUGGACCAGCGGGUGGCGCUACUGCAGCAUGUCAAGGCUUGGACCACCAACUCGCGCCACUCGCAGGUGGGAAAUCUGAUCCUGAAGCACUUGAUUGGCGAUGCUCUGCAGGAUCCCAAGGCACGGUUCUACAACAAUGGCAAUAUGGUCGAGGUACUCACGCCCUACGUCCAGAGGCACUUCAAGAGGGUCACCGAACUGAAUAAGGAACUGGCUUUCCUGGAGUUCAUUGUGAAGUGCAUGUAAACCUUACCUAUGGAUCUGUUUCUUCCCUGCUUGUUGUAAUCUAAAUCAGUUUAAUUAGUUAUAAGAAAAUAAAAUUUAUAAUUGAAUUCUAA